AAAAAAAAAAAAAAAAAAAAAGACGCUCAACAGGGCAGGACUAGGUAUAUUUAUAUUCCGUAACACCGGCCACCUUGGAAAACAUUCAGCUUUCCUAUCCAUUAACUCAGAAAUUGCACUUAUCCAUCUCCCACCAACUUUCCCGUGAUCGUAUCCGCGAAUACAUAAAUAUUUUAGGUUGGGUGAACAGCCUGUCAACCAACCGACGACGAGCCGGUGAGGCGGCCGAUACUGGGGAUGCUGACGGCGACGGGGGCGAUGGUGAGGGCGAUGCAGGUUUAAGUGAAUCAUUAUGUUUCCACGGCUGCCCCUCCCGCUACUCCUCAGCCUCAGAGUAGUUUUCUUCCCAAUAAUCUGCAAACAUCACUUCGUUUGAAUCGGGCCCCAGCAAGGAGUUAACCCCGAUGCUGAGAUUGGUCAGAGCUAUGAAUCUAUUCAAUGAUCUGAUAGAACUGGCAACUCUAAAAGGGCGCCUAGUUUCUACCCCUUCCAUAGCAGGUUCACGACUAGCCAUUGGGUUGGCAGAUGCAGGCCCUGACGACGCUGGAGUGGUAUCAUCAACUGUCAAGCCACUGUUGUCCGAGGAGUUACUGGAGCAGACCAAAGCCCCAGCGCUAUACCUAAGCUCUCUUAGAGCUUUUGGCGGCGUAAGAAUCGGCACGAGGAGCUCCAAUGGAAUGUUGCAACGGGUGAGGUGGAUCUUUGAAACGUUUGAAUCAGUAGCUAUAGGCAUUGACGAGGGUCAUCUGGUGGCUGCGAGUAGUCGGCAACACAGGGUCGCCAGACAGUUAAAUCCUCAACACUCAUCGUCUCCAUGGACUAGAGUUGAUGGCAGCUUCCGAGAAAUUGCAAUAUGGCAUGCUCUGAGGUACGAGUCUGGAGAAACGUGCCGACAUGGCGCAGAUUCCGCAGACACCUGGUUUGCAUAGAGCCAUUGAUGAGGCGUAGGAUGUCCAUAACCGUACUUCCAGUUCUAUUGGAUAGUUUCAAGUUUGAGAUUCGGAAAGACCGCUGGGAAAAUCGUAGCGGCGGAGUGGUUAAAGCGUUUUUGCUGGAACCUCUUUUCUCGCUCCACGUAAAAAUAAAUAUCAAAAAUUGAAAGAUUGGUGAAAGGGCCAAAGAGCAAAAGAGCCCCCCCCGACUCUCCCCUGGGGCGCCAUGAUGAAACCUUUCAUCCGACAGAGACAGACUAUCUCGCAAGUCUCAAUUCCCCUUUAAAAC